AUGCCAGAGUGGAUUAAUCAAGAAUUGUCAAAAAGCAGUCGAUGGAGCACUUCGGUUAUUGAGAGAUGGUACCCUAUAUCUGGAAUCUCUGGGGCCAGCAGCAAUUUAAUGGAAUCCUUUAGGCUGAUAAGUGCAGCAUCUUUAGACCAAGAUGAGCAGAGACAUGAUCAAGACAUAACACAUUAUUUAUCAGAAUGCUAUCAAAAGAAGUCCACUGAAGAGUCUGGAAGCGUGACCCAAAGCGACAACCAAAAGAAACGUCUUCCUCGUACACUCCGUGAGGCAGAAGAUGAAGACCAUGGCCUCGUGCUCUGCAGAUGUUAAAUGCAGCCAGGUUUAAAUUCAAAGGUUCAGAAAACACAACCAGAGGGUGUUACCUGCUGCUCCUGCUGAGAAGAGUUCACAGCAAAGAGAAGAUCUUCAGAGAGGUCAGAAAUGCAGACUAAGAAACCAUAUAGGUUUUAAGUCAGAAGAUGAAUUGAUUUCAUUUUUAAAAGAAGAUUAUGAAAAAGCAGUUUCUGGGGAAGAUACUUUGUUGCUGUCAUGUGCCAGGAAUGCCUUCAUUGCCAUUAAAUCUUACUUAAAAACAGUCGGCAGCAAAGAAGUAGAGUCUGACUGUGUAGAUAAAAUCAGGCUUCUCUUGAAGUCCAGCAAAAUGAUCCGUCAGCUUUAUGGACAGAAUCCUGACAAAGGAGCCAAGCUGCGAGAAUGUCAGAUUCAAGCUCUGCUCAGAAUGGAAAUGUGUGUACAGUGCCCUUCAAUACAGGCUAACGAGGAUGAACUAGAGCAAGUUGUUGAAGAGGUAACUGACAUGCUGAGGAUUAUUUCUCUGACUGAAGAUCCAUCCUUCCUGACAAAAUUUCUGGCAACUGUCCUGGCAGAGUACAUAGGAAGCAUUCCCAAAAUCCUGUCAGACUUAUAUUUUAGUCUUGGAACCCAGAUCCCUGAGGAGUUGGCAUUAGUUCUUCCUUCAGAUGGAGAUGACUCCUUCAUACGUGAAGGGAAAACACCCAUGUAUUCUCAGCCAUCCAUUUCCAGGGUUCCAAGCGUGCCUCAAAUAGCUAAUGAGGAAGAUCAGCUUGAAGAGCUUCGAACCAGAUCAGCGAAGAAAAGGAGGACAAGCACUCUGGCACGGCACAGAAGUAUAGCAGAGUCAUCCCAAACUCUGAGGCAAAUUGAAAUUCCCAAGAAGCAAACGAACAAGGAGACCACUAAUCUCAAUCCUGUUAUAAUGGUGAAGAAGUUAAAGUUACCACUGUCAGCACAGCCACUUAAAGAAGCUGAAGCCACAAAAGCGAGAAGGAAUCUGUUUGUCCAAGAGAACCGCUCACCUACAAGAAGAAGCAAUAAGAUGCAGAGGAGCCAAUCUGUAUCUGCAGUAGAAGGCUUGAAGCAUAAACGGAGCAAGACUCACGAUGGCACUAGAGAUCAUCACAAGCUGUUGACAAAGAAGGUGACGGAGACCCCCGUGCACAAACAGACUUCCAAUAGACUGCUGCACAGGCAGAUAAAAGGCCGGUGCAGCGAGUCUACAUCUGAUAUCAACAUUGUC